GAGGUACAUGGCCUAUGUUGUUUGGUAUUUAGAAUAUGAUGGAUCAUAUCUGUUCUAAGAGUCAUGUAAGAAGCUCAAUUGGAGGUUUCUGAAUGUGAACUUUUCUUGAAUGUGAAAAGAUGAAACGGGAACUGUUUUGGAGGUUGAUGGUGGAUCCUGACAAUUGACAAUGAUUUUUUUUUUUUUCUUUUCUAAGUGUUCUUUAAUGUAUUUGUUAAUAAUUGCAUUCUGUUCCAUUAUUUUAUGCACUUUACUUUUAACUCUCUGCUCAGAUAUAAUUUAUUCAAAUUAGUGGAUCACUUCAAUAAUCGGGGCCUUUACCGCUCCCUUUUCUUAAGGUACUCACCAAAUAAUUUCUUAAUGGUUGGCAGUCUAUAUAUGCUUACUAAUUAUGUUACAUAUUUCAUUGCAUACAAUUUGUUGUGUUGUAUAAGCUCCCUUUUCUUUUACAUGUUUUCAGCAUAAUGGAAGGUGAAGAAUCCCAGCAUUUAUUUUCUCCUGAAGUUAAAAUAGAGUCCCCAAGCUUUAGACAUGCUGUUUCACUGUUGCCUCCGAUUACUCUUUUUCAUGGAAAUGCAGAUUAUUCCAUACCAUCAGCUUCCAGUCAAACUUUUGUAGAUGCUCUUCAGAGAUUAGGAGCUAAGGCUGAACUAAUUUUAUACAAGGGAAAAACUCAUACAGACUUGUUUCUGCAGGAUCCUUUAAGAGGUGGUAAAGAUGACCUGUUCGACCAUAUAGUUGCUAAAAUACAUGCAGGUGACAAGGAUGCUCUUGCUAAGGAUGCCAUUGCACCUCCAAGAAGACGUCUUGUUCCUGAAUUAUUAUUAAGGUUGGCUGGUCAUAUCAGUCCAUUUUAGGUCUUUAAACUGCAGUUGGUUCGACAUGAAAUGUAC